CGAGCAAUCGAAGAGCAGAGCUCUCCAUUGGGAAGCAAUGGAGGAAGAGAGGAGUGCGAUAUUGUGCUCGUCGGCGAACUGGGUCGUCUCCGAUGGAUCCAUCGAAGGCUCGAUCUCCUUCGAUACAUCGAGUUCUCCGGUAGCCGAUGAUGGCCCCGCUGCGAUCCCGACGGGUGUUUUUCUUCUGAGACCCCCUUCGAUGGAUUCCAUUCCUUGUGAGAUCACCAUCUGUUUCAGGUCAAAAUAUGAAAUUCACCGGGUUUAUGUGCGGAGUACAGCUCGUGUUUUUGAAAUAUACUACACUACGGAUAAAAAGGAUAAGAGUAAUGAGUAUUUGUGUACUGUACGUUGUGGAGAAGUUACAUCAGGAGAUGAUAACCAAGAAUAUGUUACUGAAUGCCAAAAGGAAAGCAAUGAAACUGCCGCAUCACAUGAAAAACUGGGUCAGAAUGAUGAUGGUGCUGGUGAUGAAGAUGAGUGGAUAGAAGUGAAGGUUCCACAUUCUCCUCAGCAGGCUAAUGAGACCAAUUCUCUCGGAAAGAUGGUUCACACAAACACAAAGAAAAUCAAGGAAGUAUUCUAUGAGGCUACAGCUGAGAUUGCUGAUGCUAGCCCUUGUGUCACCCUUUCUCUUCGAUUGCUGUCUCUGAAAAACAAAGCUUGUGUUCAUGUAGAGGAGAUUUACAUCUAUGCUGAUCCAGUUGAAUUGACUGAUCCAGACAAUUUUGGGAAUACAACAGGAAGCAUAGAAAGAAGUUCUUUGUUGGCCAUGCUUGUUCCCAAUCUUCUGCAAUUAUCAAAAUCAGGCAGUGGCAGAAUACAAGACAGGUGUUCUUCUGACGUCCUGAUGGCCCAGAAACCGCAAAAUAGUCUGGAAAAAGCUGCUGAGAGUAGCAUGAUUGCAGAGAUGAAAGUACCUCAAGAAAUAAAUCCGAAUGCCGCAAAUCAGAAGUUGGGCAUGGAUGAAAGUGGGAAAGACAAGGCAGAAAUUACAAAUAGCUUCAUGUCAAGUGAGAAAUAUACCCCUGUUCCAGAACAAGAUAAUUUGGUUUACAAUCGUGUUGAGAAGGUAUUAGAUGAGCUUGUCUCAAGGGUGGGGAAGAUAGAAGCUUUCUGCUCUAGGUUCGAGGAGAACAUGAUGAAGCCCCUCAAUUGUAUUGAGACGAGGCUCCAAAGUCUGGAGCACCAGUUUGAGGCAUUUGCUGCAAGAAUGCCUUCUUCUGAAGGAUUGUGUUGCUCAAAGAUUUCCGCCCCUGAAUUUUCAUUUGAUGAAUCUGACUCAGAACAUAAUGACUCUAACUCUUCACAUCUGAUCGAGAAAGAUAAUUCCACUCUCAAUGAGUCAUCUGUUGUUGAUGAUGUACCAGAUUCCUUGCCUGACUCUCAGAUGUCUCCUGGCCUUGUGGUUAAAGCUCCUGAAUUCUCGAGUGAAGAUAAUGAGCCAGGCCUUGUGGUUAAGGCUCCAGAAUUCUCUACAGAAGAUGAGGAGCAAACUGACAACAAUGAUACUGGUGAUACUCUAGAUUCUACUGAAAAAGAUCCUCCCCAAGUCAAAAAGUUCUUAUCCAUUGAAGAUGCAUUAACCUCAGCACUUAAGGCAUUUCUAUCCUCAACGAGUGACAGGUUCCCCCCGACAGGCCCAAAUGUGACAGAAAAACAAAAAUCUUCUGAUGGAGAAAACAAUGCUGUGGCUCCUAUCAUCCUUGAAGGUCCACCUGAAGGAGCUAGCUGUCUAUCUGGUGAUAUUGACUUUGGGAAAAAGCAUUGCGGUUUAUCAGACACAGUAAUCUCAGAGGAAACUACUUUUGAUGCUGUGCUGCCUUUUGUGGGGCCUGAAAAGGAUCAUGUUUUUGACUCGCAGAUGUUUCCAAGUCCAGCAUCUUAUUUUCCAACAAAUGAGGAUGAUCUUAUCAAUCACAAUGAGACCGCAGAUUCAGAGCUAUGGGAGUUGCGUCCAGUCUCAUCAUUUUCUUUCUUAAUUUCCUCAACUGAGGAGGUUCCUGAAGUUUCUUAUGGUAAAAAGAAUGUGUUGGCCUCUUCUGUUGGAAUGCCCUGCGAAGGAGACAAGAUGGCAGGUAUGGACAACUGCUGUACCAAGGACAUGACAAAUGAUGCUGAGCUGCCUCACGCUGCCAACUUCCUUCAUGUAUUGUUUGAGGAACCAAAUGAACCUGCCACAUGUGAGAAGCAGAGCUCCAUGGGUGCUCCUGCUGGUGGAUCAAAUCCAAAUGGUUCUCUUCCUGAAGUUCCCUUAGAGCAAAAGGAGCAUUUCUUGAAAUGGCAGAAAUACAGUUCAGCGGCUGAAUUUGAUGAGGUAUUUACACACCCUCAUUCCUUUGCCAGUGGAUCAAAUUCGAGCUACAGCAGUUUCCCUGAUGGACGAUGGGCUGAUGAAAGUGAUGGUGAGGAAAACUCGUUUCAAAACCUUGGCUUUGGCCAACUUGGCCGAAGAUGGACUGAAGACAGUUGUACUGAUUCAAGUAUCGAUGAGGUUUUCUUGAAGAACAAACUUGCUAUGGGAUGGUCAGAUGCAAGCAGUGCUGGUUCUCUUUGUCAGCUUGAUGGGUGCAUCACUGAUGAUUUUGGGAGCAACCAAGCAACUGAGGAUAGCACUACCAUUCGAAGUAUUCUUAGUGAACCUUCUAUUGGCAAUAACCACGAUAAGUUAAAAAUUGAGACUGAAUGGAAUUAUACAUUAGACUCUGAACAUCCAGUUUUGGAUGUGAAGUUUCCACCAGUGAGAACCUGGAUUACUGAAACUCCUCUUGAAGUCCUGCUAGGUGAAUCAUCAGAACCCCUGGAACAAUAUCGUGAUAAUGAUGAUCACAAUCUUGACACACAACAACAUGAUUCAUUUUCAUAUCAGGAUCUGGACCGCAGUCAGUCUCUGUUGGAUGUGGAAGAUCUUAUGCAGCCAACUGAGUUCCCUGGUUCACAGGAUGCACCACAUGGUGAUCAGAUUGACAAUGGUCAACCGUUUUCCAGUCUGAUUUGAGUGUGAAGGAAACAUAUGUACAGCAGAUAAAUAAAAAGAACAAUUCCCUUGUCAGAUUGGAUGUAAAUAUCAUGCCAAAUAUGUUUUUUUUUUUAUUUAUUUCUGUCUUGAAGAUAUUGUGUCAAUUAAACAAGGGUUGCUAUUGUGCUGAUA